GAUAAGCUAUAAAGCUCUUUUUCACAGAUGUCCAGUAGUUGUUUUUGUCCACCCGACAGGCCCCGUAAACAAUUCCACUCGUUCGGUUAAACCCCAAACAAGUCACCGCAGACCCCGUAAUAUAUAUAUAAAAUUGUCUCGGCGAAUCAAAACGUCAAUUUAAAAAACGAAAUUUGUUCAAAAUAAAAACAACUUCCGGCUCCCAUUCAUAAAUUCGUCUUGGACGUCGGCUAUGACGUCGUACGGUGGCCGCGGAGGGACGCGUCGGCGCAGCGCGUGAGUCGUGACGUUUAAAAACGCACACAAAACGCGUUUUAUAAAUACACCCCCCACGGGUCACGCGCCGCGGUUGGCGGCCUCCCACGAGGAUCUGCAAACCUCGUCCGUCUCCACCGCGUCGUUCAUCGCUCGACCUUCGAGUCUCCCUGCAGCAACAACAACAACAACGACGCGAAUUGACAUCGCGAUUGUUUAAACAACAACAACAACCGCCCGCUGUUUGUCUACGCCGUGUUGCUUCUUCUUCGUGCUGCUGGUGGUGCUGCUGGUGGUUGUUGUUGGGUGCAGUUGGGCAGGAAAGUCCAGGACAGGCUCUGCUCUCCCUGGGGGAGAAGAGGAGAAGGAGGAACUGAGGGAUGACGAACCACCUCUUCCUCGUGUUGGAGAACACUCUCUAUGCCGCCGCCUUCCUCUCCGGCCUCAUCGUGGCUACGGCCAUGGCGAUAACGCAGGGAGCGUUUUCUGGCGGGUGCGUGCUCUACGGGGAGGCGGAGGUGAAGGUGGGAGGCGUGGCGAGCGUCGCGCACUUUGGGAACGUGUCGGCCUGCACCUUCCCGCUGGCGGCGGGCGUCAUGGGCGCCGUCUACGCCUUCUGCAGCAUCCUCUACUGGCUGCACGCCGCCUGCACGGAGGACGCACGCAGGCCGGCGUGGUGGGGUGGUGUGGCGAGCGUGGUGGCGGGGGUGUUGGCGCUGCUGUUGCUGGUGAGCGGCUGUGUGCUGCGUGUGGGGCUGGGCCGCUGGUGCGAGUCUCUCAUCACCGCCUCCGCCAAGGUGCACCCACUGCACAGCUGCAGGGACGCACAGGCGUUGAACUGGACCGACAGCCACAAUGGAGCACGGUUCUACGAUAACGUCAUCUCUGGGGAGACGGCGGUGUGGGUGGACCUGCUGGUGUGGGUGGGGUGCGUGGUGCUUCUGGCCGUGCGGGGCCGCGUGCACGGGGAGCCGCCCUUCUCCUCGCUGCCAGCUCCGGCGUCGUGGAGCGAGAGCUCCGUCGGGGAGCACACCCCCAUCCUCAGCCCCACCGUCACGUGAUCCCCACCGUCACGUGAUCGCCACCGUCACGUGAUCCCCACCGUCACGUGAUCGCCACCGUCACGUGAUCGCCACCGUCACGUGAUCGCCACCGUCACGUGAUCGCCACCGUCACGUGAUCCCCACCGUCACGUGAUCGCCACCGUCACGUGAUCGCCACCGUCACGUGAUCGCCACCGUCACGUGAUCCCCACCGUCACGUGAUCGCCACCGUCACGUGAUCGCCACCGUCACGUGAUCGCCACCGUCACGUGAUCGCCACCGUCACCUGAUCCCCACCGCCACGUGAUCGCCACCGCCACGUGAUCGCCACCGUCACGUGAUCCCCACCGCCACGUGAUCCCCACCGCCACGUGAUCCCCACCGUCACGUGAUCCCCACCGCCCACUGACCAUUGUCAAGCCAGCAAAGCCAGUUGCUGCCCUAACCCCACUCACUGCAUUGGGAGGGCACAGCAAAUACCAAGAGGGAAAAGCAAACAAAAUGAAAAGGGGGGGCUGGUUGCAGAGGAUGAAUCUAAAAACUUCCCAUGUUAGCCCAGGGGGGCGGGGUGGCAGUCCCUGAAAUGUCAAUAUUUUUAAGUUGGGGGGCCUGACAUAAAUAUGAAAAAAACCCAACAUAAAUAUGUAUUUUCUCUGGUAAAUAUCAAUGAAAUACCACACAACUCUCAGGCUUGCAAGGGGGGGGGGGGGGGGUGGGUGUGCUCCCCACUCGCUGGUUGAAGCGUCAGAGGUGGGGCUGGGGUUUGGGUUAUGCGUCAGGGAUUGGGCUAGAGGCUUUUUUUCCGUGAGGGAUAGGGUUUGCUGGGCGAAGUGGCACACGCCUCAAAUGCACCGCUUUCGGAGACAAGGGGUCGGUGUAUCAUAUAGAUGAUGCGAAACUUGCAAACUAGAUAAGUUGCAAGGUGACCACGAAAUUGCAGGACAGCAGAAGGAUUUCUGAAUUCAUCUGUGUGGACGUUUGAUUAAUUGCUGUUCCCUCGCUAAAUGUGGUUUUUCUCAUCAGUACUCUGGUUUCCUACCACAUGCAAAGCUCUGAUGUGAUUGGCCAACCAUUCCAGGCAGAACCCGACUGAAAACGAGUCUUGAGAUUCGGCUGGUCUGGUGAUUAUUCAAAUGAGCAUCUGCACUUGCUACACCACGAAGGAUGUAAGCUCGAAAUACCAUUUAGAUGAAGUAAAAUGGAUGAUGGAACUUAUUGUAAUUAUCGCAGGCAUCAUAUUACGCGUAUCUUCUCUUAUGCAACAAAUUAUUAGAAAUCAAGAUAUUAGUUGUUUCGGGGUGAAGUGGUGGUGGUGCAGUGGUUUACACACGGUGCUACAAACCCGGCCAUCCGAUUCUGGUUUCCAGCCCGCGGCUGUCAUCAAUAGAGAGUGAUAUUCAAACCAGUCCCUCCCUUCACCAUCCCGCACUGUCCUUCGUGGUGAGGUAUUGCCAACCUCCAUAACCGACGUGGCGUGGGCAAUCCCUAAUCGGGAAGUGGCUUAACAAAAAGGGCCGAAUAUAUAUUACGUUGCGUAACAAUGUAAAUAAUAUGAUAUUACAUCAUAUCGCAUCUGAAUAUGAUAUUAAUACAGCCUGCCUUGACGUGCCGACGCCGUUUCACGAGCCACUACCACCGCCGUACUGCCCCAGAGGUGGGAGCCGCGUUCAGGAGAAGUUCCUUCCUAAGUAGGUCGCUCAGGUCGUCGUGGUGUUGCACGCUUCGUGUGGCUCAGCCUCCUCGUGGGCAUUAUUCACAUGCCUAAUGAGGCUCUUCUGGACACAUGCAGUCCAUCGCGCUAACGGGUUAGGACUUGGGUCUGGUUGGCGAAUGUGGUUAGGUUUAGGGAUAGUGCUCUGGGUCGAGUGCUGGUCUGGUUGGCUACAGCAUGGUCAGGUUAGUGUUUUGGUAGUUUGUUACAAUUUGAGGGUUAUGAUAAGAGAAAGUGCCGAGUGCGAAUAAGGUUCGGGCUCGUGUCUGGAGAGUCUGUUAGGAUUCACGUUUAAGUUUAUUUUGUUUCAUCGGGUGAGAUCUCAAGAGACCAGAUCGGUCUCAAUUGCAAUUAGAUCGAUUAGGGGUAGAGACUGUGCUUGGUUGGGUAGUGAACUCCACCUCUUCACGUGGUUGUUCAUCUACCCCCCUUUCCAAACACGGCCUUGUUAGUGUUUAUUCUCUUUUUGCUCGUGUUCACAGCACUGGCAAGUGAACGUUUUCAAAACCACUGCAUUGUGCCCCCCCCCCCCCCCCCCCGCUCAUUCACUUUCAGUCAGACUAAAUCCGAAACAAUCGGCCAGCCGACUUUAUAUAUCAGUGCCCAGACAUGGAAACAAUCGCUUUCUCUUUGCUGCUGCAGCUGGUGGCACUGUGCUCACGGCACUGGAAGAUUGAAGGUUCACAUCGGGGUCAAAUCUUCAUAAUCGCUGUUGGGCCGGUUAAAACAAGUCACUUCUUUUGGGAGUUUGACAGCACUCAUCCUAUUCAGAGCUGGUCCCUUGUCAAGUUAACGUGGAAUUUCCACCUUGGCAAAAGACCGUCAACAGACUGGUAUCACCCCGUGGCUUGUCUAAGCAAGAAGAGACUUUCACUUUUGCCUGAGUUUGACUCUGAUGUGAUAAUAGAAUCAACAUUUGGAACACUCCAUGCCACUCCUCUGCGUAGUUUUACAUUUUUCGACAAUUUAAGGUCGAUAAGCCAUUGCGAUUGUUCCGCGACUUCUUUUGUGAAUGCCGUUUCGGCUCCAAUGAGGUCGCAUGAUUGGCCACCACUUUAGUGGAUCACAGUGAACGUUUACUUAGAUUCAGUUUUGGAGAAGCAGUUGGUGCAGAGGUUUAACGCCACUUUUCUUACAGCACUGCCUUGGCAUGGCUGUCCCUCGUUCUUUCUCCGCUUUGCUGGUUGGCCCCUCCACGCAGCUCGCUCGCUUUGUGCGUUGCAUCGAUGCUUUCUUGCUUCGGAGGACUUGUUUCUUUUGGCGGGUGCCAUCUUUUUCUCAAGAUGGCACCCGCCAUAUCUACCUGCUGAUCCUCGUACACAUUACCGCCCACCGCUUGCUAACAGCUCGCCUGACCUGUACGCUUUAUUAGCACACGCUACGUGCACAUUACACCUUCUGCCCACGAAACAGAUGAUCCGCAAUUCUUACCAACGUCACAAGUACUCCUUACACAUUGCAUGCGCUCCUUAUACACUGCGACGACGACAACAACAGUAACAACCGUAGCAAAUUAUAUCGCGUCUAAAUGCAACCGCAUCUGAAGAAGCUCUGAGGGGUAGAGUGCGGUGGUGGUGGGGGGGUGAUGGGCAGAUUGACGGUUCGGGGCAGCCGGGGAAGCACUGAUGAGUCCCAGGGCAUCCUGUACUGCAGCGGUACCCAACCUUUUUGGCACCAGGGACUGGUUUUUUCACGGACCCUUUUCAAAGAGGCUCUCCAGUGACGUUUUUUUUUACUCAUUGUGGCUACUAGGGGUUAGCAGCUUGUGGGCUUACCAACACUGUGACUGAGACAAGUGCACAGUGCGGGAAAGAGACGCGGACGGAAGUGGUCAAUAAUAAAAUAAUGGUCGGUGCCACGCGCGGACUCACCACUCACCUCGUGCUGCUGUGCGGCCCGGUUCCUAACAGGGCACGGACCGGUACCAGUCGGCGGCCCGGGGGUUGGGGACCCCCCUGCUCUACUGCGUCGGGCCCAUCCACCAACGAACCCCAGGGUAUCUAUGGGGGGGGCAGGGCCCGUGACGUGCACCUCUCGCCAAUAUGGACGCCACGGUGGCGAGAUGUUAACUAUCUCACCUGGUGUGCAGGAAGUCGUGGGUCCGAUCCCGACCCUGAUGCCUGCCUGCUGUAUAUCUGGAGCUUGCAUGUUCUCUCUCCCCGUGGACAUGUGGAUUUUUGUCCGGGUCCUUUGGGUUUUUCCCUCCGCAUUGGAAACAUGCUUUUAGAGUAUUUGGCUGCUAUAAAUUUCCACGUGAAAAAAACACUUUGAGAUGUCAUCUGUGGCCAGGUCUCUUCUAAAAAAGAGUUGUAUGGCUCAGUGGGCCUUAUCUGGUAAAAUAACAAAUAUUUUAGUUUAUAUUCAUUUCUAACAUUACCUGCACAGAUUGCCAACACAUCACAUGUACUUCCCACCAGUAUACUACAUUUUUUCCAUACCAAUAUCUUUUUUUAUGUUGGGUAACUUGCCUUGGUUAAUAUUUAAUAAUAAUAGUAAUAUUAUAGUGAUAACUAUACAGUGCCUUAUGCAAAAAUCUAAUUUAAACGCACUUUAUAUUAUUUCCAAAUGCGGUGUAGCACUUACGUGAUUUGUAAUUGGUAAUAUUUGACAGCCAUUAUGUAAUAAUUAUAUGAACAAACGUGGUCCUAAUUAAAUACCUAGAAAUAUCAAACCUCUCAACCACAUGGUUUUCCUUGGACUUUGCAGUGCACGUGUGUGUGCUGCGGAAAUGUAUGGCUACUGGCACAUGUAGCGAGUUGUGAGCCUUGCUUGCCUUGUAUUACAGAAGUUCCCUGGUCUGUCUUAUUGGGCAGUGUAAUAAAAUGUAAGCUACUUGGAAGUUCUGAUAGAGCGUUGUAGAAGUAGCAGGAAAAGGAGGUUCUGGUAGGGCGAGCGUGUAUGCAGGACGGAGGAGGACUAGUUACCGAGGCAAUGGUUGGUCAGCAAAGGAGAAAAAAACCCCGAAAACCAGAUGGUGUUGUUGAUGGCACUCUUAAGAGCAAACCUUGGACAUCAGAUGUUCGACCGUGUAACAGUUAAGGGAUCUCGCAGAAGGAAAGAAGCGAUAAGAUGCGGUGUCGCCAACAUCAUUGCCCGUCACUUUCUAACACCUUUUAAGAUUAAGCCUUGGGCCCAUGCCUUUCGCCGCACCAUAUUGAGUAUGAGCUGUUCAAAUCCUGUUUAGAGUAUUGACCCUUAGCCUUUUACAUAAAUGUGCCAUAAUGUCUUGCACUCUUGAGUACUGCAAUAAUUAAUAAAACGGUGAUGCCCAAUUGUGUUUACUAUUGUUAUUAUAGUUCUCGGCUGCAAAGGAAUCAACAUUUGCUAUCAUUCAGAAUUUUAAUUGUUAUUGUAAAUGCCAGUAGAUGCUAAUUUCACUUUGAUUCAUAUUUAAUUGCAUUACAGAUCCCUUACUAUCCUUCAUAAAACCUACUUAUUUCGCAAAUUUCAAUGGAAUGGGAAUUUGCAGGAUUUGAACACAAGAUUGGCCAGUGUUGCAGAGCAAUGGGAGCAGCAACUGGACUUUUGUAAUCCCUGGUGUAGAGUCUGUGCCUUGAUGACUUUCCCAACACAAGGAAGGUCAGAAGCAGUGCCAACCAUAAUGCAAGAGUUCAAUAAUAGGCGAACAUGCGUGCCGGAAUGUAUUAGUAAUGUACUACGUUACUAACCAAUUUAAUGUAAUGCCACAUUUUCAAAGCAAUGAAAUCGAUUACAUGAUCGCUGCGGACCUGCUGACACCACCAUUUCAUUGUGUCGAAAUGUAUAAUCAAUUGUAAACUAAGUGAUUAAUCAGUUCAUGCGGAGGAGUAAUCUGAUUACAUCCUGAAAAUGUGGUUAAACAGGAUCGCAGCAUUACUCUGAUCUUACAAUAAUGCUGUAUUGCCCAAUCCUGUUCACGCAUCUCGGUAGUUUUUUUAAUCUGUAAGUACAAAUUUAAAUUACUAUUGUUAUUAUUUAUGUGCACACGUUGCUUACAUGGCAGAGUACGCGGUUGAUGAAAAUUAAAAGAGAGAACCAA